AAUUAACCGGCGUCAUGUAUUGCGGUGGCGACGACCUGAACGCGGUCGUGUGCGAUGUCGGGUGCCUGCGCGCGCGCAUGGGAUAUGCUGGGGAAGACGACGCGCGGUACAUCAGCACCUCGUCAAAUGACACAAACGGUAUCAUGACGCUCGAAGGCGCAGUGGCCUCCUUUGACUCGCUGGAAACGUCGUUGGACGAAGGGUUUGUACGCCUCGGGGUCGAAUCCACGCGGCAGCAUCCGAUCCUGUGGAGCGAGAACAGCUUCCAAACCCUGCUGGAUCAACAAAAUACGUCAAGCAAGAGCGACAGGGAAGCGAUCGCCGAGCUCUUCUUUGAAAAGUACGACGCGCCGGCCUACUUUGUGUCCAAGUCGGCUGUGUUGACGUGUUUUGCCAAUGGCCGGAGCACAGGCAUGGUUGUCGAGAUGGGGCACGGCAACACCGCGGUCGUACCAGUAAACGAGGGAUACGUCGUGGGUCAGCAUGCUGUGCGUCACUCCGAUGUUGGCGGUCAUGGACUGGACGAAUUUCUUCAUGGCCGCGUCCUGGAGAAACUCGAAUGCUCCCGCAAGGCCCCGCUUUCUCCCACCAACCCCAUGAAUUCGUCGCUCUCGCCAAAGCAGUCGUCGGCGUCUGUAUCGUGGGCCACGAUCCGCGAACUCAAAGAGUCGAUUUGCCGCACGUCUGAAUCCCACUUCGAUGAAAAGGCAAACGCCAAUAUUCCCCACAUGCCUUUUGAACUCCCCGACGGCACGCAGAUCUCGCUCGGCGUCGAGCGUUUCUCAGCUGCAGAGCACUUGUUCCACCACAACGACCCCGCCAGCGCGCCGUCCAGCGGGCGAGGCAUCUUCCUCCCUGAGAUCGUGCUGGACGCCGCGUCGAAAGGCGAUGCCGACUCGAAGAAAGAGUAUUUACAGAACAUCCUCGUGGGAGGCGGAUCGUCUUGCUUCGAAUCGUUUCCGACGCGACUGGAGCGCGAAAUCGCCGCGAUGCUGCCAAGUGCCAAAAUCAAGGUCUUGGCGCCACCACCAAACGAGCGCAAGCUCAGCGCGUUCCUCGGCGGGUCCAUCGUCGCCUCGCUUGGCUCGUUCCACGAGAUGUGGAUUUCGAAGACCGAAUAUGCAGAACACGGCGCCAAUCUCGUCCAAAAAAAGUGUCCGUAGUAGCGAACCGAUACAUCCUACACACUUUGAAACAUCCGAGGCGUCAGUGGCUGGCACAGGAGGUCGCCGUAAGAGUCACCAGUGGACACCCAGGCGACUUCUCGUCGACUCGACGUUGCCGGGAGUGCUGGUAACUACCGUGUGUAUCACGAGCACAUAAUCCACACAUCAUGAAGUUGAGUUUGAUGAAUUUCGCAUUGUCGGACGACUCGUCUGCGGACGAAUCGGUCGUUUCUGCUCAAGCUCGCAUGGCCGACACAUUGGAAAGGUCAUGGCUGGCCAGGAUCGUGCAAGUGCAGUCGCUGGCGGACACCACACGCUGUCGAGAUCAAUCCACGCGAUCCACGACCUCGCCCCACCGAACCACGUUGAAGCAUCACAGACCGUGCAUUGAUCUGUGCGGCAAC